AUGUUUGGGAUUCAAGACAGUUUAGGAAGAGGACCAACCCUGAAAGAGAAAUCACUGGGCGCCGAGAUGGAUUCGGUCAGGUCCUGGGUCCGGAACGUCGGCGUGGUGGAUGCGAAUGUCGCGGCGCAGAGCGGGGUCGCUCUGUCCCGGGCUCACUUUGAGAAGCAGCCACCCUCCAACUUGAGGAAGUCCAACUUCUUCCACUUCGUGCUGGCGCUCUACGACAGGCAGGGCCAGCCCGUGGAGAUCGAGCGCACGGCCUUCGUGGACUUUGUGGAGAACGACAAAGAACAAGGGAACGAGAAGACCAAUAACGGCACCCACUACAAGUUACAGCUUCUCUACAGCAACGGCGUGCGCACGGAGCAGGACCUGUACGUCCGGCUCAUCGACUCGGUCACCAAGCAGCCCAUAGCUUACGAAGGUCAGAAUAAGAAUCCAGAGAUGUGCCGAGUUCUCUUGACGCACGAAGUGAUGUGCAGCCGAUGUUGCGAAAAGAAAAGCUGUGGGAACCGAAAUGAGACUCCUUCAGACCCUGUCAUCAUCGACAGAUUCUUUUUAAAAUUUUUUCUCAAGUGCAAUCAGAAUUGUUUGAAAACAGCGGGAAACCCGAGGGACAUGAGACGGUUUCAGGUUGUGUUGUCAACAACUGUGAACGUGGAUGGGCAUGUGUUGGCUGUUUCUGACAACAUGUUUGUUCAUAACAAUUCCAAGCAUGGGCGGAGAGCAAGAAGACUUGAUCCUUCAGAAGCUACACCCUGCAUCAAAGCCAUUAGCCCAAGUGAAGGCUGGACCACUGGAGGAGCCAUGGUCAUCAUCAUUGGGGACAACUUCUUUGAUGGUCUCCAGGUGGUGUUUGGGACCAUGCUCGUAUGGAGCGAGCUAAUCACCCCUCAUGCCAUCCGAGUGCAGACUCCUCCUCGGCACAUUCCUGGAGUGGUGGAAGUGACAUUGUCUUACAAAUCCAAACAGUUCUGCAAAGGAGCCCCUGGGAGGUUCAUUUACACAGCAUUAAAUGAACCCACUAUAGACUAUGGUUUCCAGAGACUGCAAAAAGUCAUCCCAAGGCAUCCCGGAGAUCCUGAGAGAUUAGCUAAGGAGAUGCUGCUGAAAAGAGCUGCAGACCUAGUGGAAGCCCUCUAUGGCACACCACACAACAACCAGGACAUCAUUCUGAAGCGGGCUGCAGACAUUGCUGAAGCCCUCUACAGUGUCCCCAGGAAUCCCAGCCAGAUCCCAGCCCUUUCCAGCUCUCCAGCUCACAGUGGCAUGAUGGGGAUCAAUUCUUACGGCAGCCAGCUGGGGGUCAGCAUCUCAGAGUCAACACAGGGAAAUAAUCAAGGAUACAUCCGCAACACAAGCAGCAUCUCCCCACGGGGAUACUCUUCCAGCUCCACACCUCAGCAGUCUAAUUACAGUACCUCCAGUAACAGUAUGAACGGCUACAGCAACGUACCCAUGGCCAACCUGGGUGUUCCAGGAUCACCUGGAUUUCUCAAUGGCUCACCCACAGGCUCCCCUUACGGAAUCAUGUCAUCAAGCCCCACCGUUGGAUCUUCCAGCACGUCCUCCAUCCUCCCAUUUUCCUCUUCAGUUUUUCCUGCUGUCAAACAGAAGAGUGCCUUUGCUCCUGUCAUCAGGCCUCAAGGCUCCCCUUCGCCAGCCUGCUCCAGCGGCAAUGGCAAUGGAUUCAGAGCCAUGACUGGCCUCGUUGUACCACCGAUGUAAAGAAGAGGAAGAACUGCUUUCUUAUAGCACAAAACUACUUAUUCUGAUGGACCAAUACUGAAGAAAGCACUCUGAGCUCUUUGGGAGAGGCAUGCCCCCAAUGAACACGAUGGGCACAUGUGGGUGUGCAAGGAGCCUGCAUCCUACUUGGCCUCACGUUUCUCCCAUAGCUGUGAUGGUGGCGACACAAACUGACCUUGUGGACAAAGACAAAAGAUGUCAUUGACAUGGUCAGUGUGCUAAGAGCAGAAAUGCCAUUCUUUGUUAUGAACACUAUGAAAACCACCUUCCUAUGUUUGUAAAAUAUUUAAGAAAAAAAUUGGCAAACAAUUCAUGCUUAAUAUUUUGGAUACUAUUUGUUUUUCUUUGUAGGAAAAAAAAGUUGAAAGUUUCUAUUUUCUAUGAAGCCUUUCAGAUACCAAUUUAGUUUAUGCAGAAAAAAAAAAUUGAACAAAACAGGGUACCAGCAUGGAAGACUUUCUUAAAACAAAACCCGAACUGAAUGAUGAACUGUUGUUGUGUGUGUUUGCUUAUAGUUUAAUCUCUUAAACAAAAAAAC